AUGGGUACUCGUACUCGUGCAAGUAGCAUCACCAGAAUGAGUCCAAGUGAGUCCCAUCAGGAGCAGCUGCGUCGCUGCUAUCGUUCGACGUCAUGCUGUACCAUGGCCCUGCUGUUGCUGCUGCCCACAUAUGCACGUAGACUCGCACUACACCUAGGUGGCCCUGUCUGGGACGGUCCAGCGGCAGACGCAACCCGAGCCCGUUGCGAGAAGCAUCAGCACAUCCCAUCCAUCAGAGCGACAGCAUCAGUGCAUUGGAUCGUUGGCGCGCCGUCCGCCCACCUCCACCCCGACAGGCAGCCCAGACCAGCCCAGCCCAGCCCAGCGCUGAGGCUCGCCCUGGGGAGCCCUGUCCUCCACUGGCGGGCCACCACCUCUUCCAUCAUUACAGGGCACAGGGCCCCAGCAUAA